AACCGACGUGUCUUGUGACGUAAGCGCGUAGCGAACGUGGUACUAGUAUUUCCCUCUCGAUCUGAAAGUCAUUGAAAUGGCCUCUAGAGGUCUGUUGUAGUGGUUAAGUUGUAAAUCUACAAAUUGUUGCUGUAUCUGUGGUAAAUUAAUCCCACCCUGGGGUAAAUUACACAGAUGAAGAAGCACUGUCGUGGAAAUUCGCUGUUACUUUCAGAUAUCUAAAAUAAUAAUAUGCUGUGGAAGUAGUGGCAUGCUCAAAAGUCAAAUUUUAAAUAUAUUCUUAUAGCAAAAACAAUUACUUUUUUAAAGAUGUAUUUGUGCAUUAGCUUUGAUAAUAUGUUAUAUAAUAUGAUGUGAUGACUUUUUUUUUUUUUUUUUUUACAGUGGUUGCUUAUUGCUGUCCAGUCUUAAACUGAUAUAGGUUAGUGGAAUUAAAACAUGUCCCACGUGCAGUGUGUGAAUGGGCUGAAAGGUAUGUAGUUAUAAUAUUGCUUUGACUCAGGUAUCAGAGAAUAACGUUAAGGCAUCAGAGUUUCAAAUAGCACCUUCUUAAGCAAUGUGGCCUAUUUCAGUGAGGUGUUGUGAAAGAAGAAACAUCAGAUUUUCCUCAUAGAGCCCUGUUUCGAGUUUCAUACUGUUCAGCAGACAACAUAGUCUUUUUGGAGACCUACUAAGUGAUAUGCUUUAUGGAAACCACAAAGUAGCCUGAAAAUGUGACUUGGAUACAGUCAGGCAUUGUUGUCAGGCAUUGUUUUUAAAAAAAAAAGGAGCCAAAAUACAUUUGAAAGGACAGGUCAUUUCACACCCGAGCAAGGAAUGUGUGAAGUGACUCUUUCACUGAAACUAGACUGGGGGAAGUGGGAGGAUGGGGCUGUAUACUUCAUUGUGCUUUCAGGCAAAAGGUUUUUUUUCUUACAGAAGAUGGACCCAACAAAACUAAACAAUUUUAGGAUGUUUUCAUCGUGCUGAUGGUCAAUGCAUAUGCAGCCCGUAGAAUAAGGGGACUAAAGUGUAGGACUAGGACAGCUGACAGGGAAAAUAUACAGAAAGUGCAAAAAACUGAUAGAGGCCACAGAGACACACACGCAUGGGCAUGCGCACACACGCACACACACACACGCACACACACACUCACACACUCUAGCUUUUGUGUGGGGAGGGAAGACCUUCUGAUCCCUGACACUAAACAUUGUUGUCGACUUGUGUGCAUAAGUGUAAUUCAACAAUAGUCCCAGAAUUAAUUCAUUUUCAAUUAUUCGUCCAAUUUAAUCAAAUUCAACACAGCCAUUAUAGCACGGUCUCUGUUAUUGUUGUUAUUGUUGUUCUAAUAAUAUAAAAUAUAAAGUUCGAUUUUAAAUUGAGAUUUUCCAUAUCCUAUUUUCCAUUUUUAAUUUAAUUUGACGGUUUGACUUGUUUUUUGUUGUUGUUGUUUUUUUUUCACUCUGGAGAAGUCAUGAGUAGAAUCCCUCUUAUCCCUGCGGAAAUUUACCCGCAGAAGAAGAUGCCUCGUCCUCUGCGCAUGCGUCUCAGAUUCAACAUGUCUGCGCACUACAACAAGGUGGUAAAGAAGAAUUAUUUUUUUAAAAACAAGCGUCAACAACCGCUUGCUACGCUGUCUUUAGACACUUUAUGAGUGAAACCUAUCUCGUAAUAGCCAGGCCGAUGUGUAAGAAGUCAAGACGGAUGUAUUAGUCGGUUUGUUGUCGGGAUUAUAGAUUCAAUAAUGUGAGUUCAAUACUUUCCCUCACGUACUCAAUGGUUUUAUAGUUUGAUAUGCAGCAUUUAAAACGUGACAGACAUGCAGUCACUUUCACUGUUUCAUUGUCCAAAUUAAAAAAAAAAAUAUAUAUAUAGUAUAGGGAAAAUAGUGUCCCCUUAUACGAUGGCUUACAGAAGAGUUGUUAACCUUCUUCCAAGAGGAAAGGAGAGUGUCUUUAGUCUGUGGAAACCUCGUCAACUAAAAGUGCCAUGUUUCAUCAUCCAAGAACACACCAUUAAUCACGUUGGCAGAACUGUAAGAACUUUUCACGCUGGCACAACAUUGAUGGUAGCCAAGCUUCUGUCUGUAGAGGCUUUUGCCAAGAGGUCUCUACAGGAUUACUUGAAGAAGACGGAGGUGGAGUACAAUGACUGCUUGAGAGAAUUCAACAAAGGGGUGACGGACCAACAGUGCAGUCAGGAUGAACUGAGGACCAAGAGGGCCAAAGUGUCCCUUUUGGCUCCUCUGAUCCAGAGCGUCAGAGAGCUGGACGCCAAACAAAAAGAGUUGGUUGAGACCGAGACGUUACUGACCGAGGAAGAUCCAGCCCUGAGAGAACUGGCAGAGUUGGAAAGAGAAAGCUGUCUGCAAGAUAUUCAAGAUCUAAAUCAAAAGAUCCUGGAUCUGUUGAUACCUGAGGAAGAGGAAGAUCUGAGCGACCUCGUGCUAGAGGUUAAAGCUGGAGUCGGGGGUCAGGAGGCCAUGCUAUUCACAUCAGAGGUGCUUGAAAUGUACCAUGGCUACGCUCACCACAACGGCUGGUCCUUUGACAUCUUGGAACACAUGACAAGUGAACUAGGUGGACUUCGUCAUGCCUCAGUCAGCAUCAGCGGUCCUCAGAGCUACAAGAGGAUGAAGUUUGAGGCUGGAGUCCAUCGUGUUCAGCGGGUCCCCAAGACUGAAAAACAGGGUCGAAUGCACACCAGCACCAUGACCGUGGCUGUGUUGCCCCAACCCACCGAGAUCUCUUUCACGAUAAAUCCAAAGGACCUGAGGAUAGACACAAUGAGAGCAAGUGGAGCCGGAGGUCAACAUGUGAACACCACAGACAGUGCAGUCAGAAUAGUCCACUUACCAACAGGCGUGGUCGCAGAGUGCCAGCAGGAACGCUCGCAGCUGAAGAACAAGGAGAAAGCAAUGAAGGCUCUGAGAGCAAAACUGUACAGCAUAAAGCAUGAGGAGGAGACCAGCAAACGCUACAACCAGCGUAAAGUACAGAUUGGCACUAGGGGCAGAUCAGAGAAGAUUCGAACCUACAACUUUGCCCAGGACCGUAUAACAGACCACCGCAUCGGCAUGACGGUGCAUGACAUCAAGAGCUUCCUGCUGGGAGAGAAUCUGCUGGACGAGAUGAACUCCUCACUACAAGAGUUCUCCAACCAGGAGAUACUCAUGGAACUGCUGGGAGAAAACAACCAGGGAAAGUCAUGAGUUUGGCUCUGAGGUGCAUGGAUUCUGAUGGGACUGAAACUUCAUGCCACAUGUUUUAUUACCGGUAUUUGUUUAUCCUACUACUGGUAUGCUUCAAAUCCGGCAGGAAAAACUUCGGAAAAUGACCAUGAUGAAUGGCAAGUAGGGGACCAAGGACUAAUACCCCUGCCCAUCUCUUAAAAAAAAAAAAAGAAA